CUUAACCAUGAUCAGCUGUUUACCAUAGCGCCUGAAGCACGACGGUUACCAAUAGGGCACGCUCACGGGCGGGGAGCUGGCCGCUCUGGACAAGCAGGAUGUCGGGGAGGCUUGGCGGAGUUGGCGCUCAACCUAAGCUCUUGGCCUCUUGCUGAGUCGUUCCUUGCGGCUCUUGACUCGGAUUUCUUCCUCCAUUUGGGUUGGCGGUGGUACACCGUAUCUGAUCUUGGCGUUUGGGAAAGCGUCAGCUUCGCCUUGUUCGUAUUUGCUACUGAACGGGACGACUGAUGGGAAAGUUGGGAGAGGCGAAUUUCCGCGCAUCGUGCCCAAACCCAUCCCUCUUCUUGACGAAGAGUCCUUGUUUUGGCCUGUUUACUUCAACCCCUGGGCCCUUCCCACCCUCGUCUUCGAACAAAACACACAAGGUACACAUGAGAUCUUUGCUCUUCGCUGUGUUGUAUUACGUGUUUAACGUUCCCGCGGGAAACAUUUCGAUAUAACUACCUACUUCCACGCCAGCCUUCACCCCUUCCCCCACCCCCUUACCCUCCCCCCACCCGCUUAUCACGUUUCGUUUGCCUCCAUGACAUCGACACGCAGCCGCGUAACCUGGCCGAUCACUUCAGAAUAGCGGAGAUGAACGAGUCGCCAGACCACUACGAUUCGGAUAACUCGCCCUACUCGAUCCGUCCGCUGCCGCCGGUGCUCCGUAAUGGCCUCGCCGCGGUGGCCGCCAUGGGGUUCAUCUCCUUCUUCACGAGCCUCGGACUGCUCGCGUUCCUCACGUACAAGCUGAUAUCGUGGAGCAACGGGCCACCGACGCCCAAGAAGGCGGACCCCAUCUCCAAGGUCGAGUCGCCAAGGCCGACGGACACGGCUUUCGUGAUCCCGACCAACUGGGCCGCCGCGGCCGCCGACGCCGCCGACGCCGCCGAUGCCGAGGCCGAGAAGGCGGCCAAGAAGGGUUGGUUGCGGAGGGCGAUCGACGAGCCGCCCAACCAGUUCCUCGUGCUGAUCUUCAACCUGCUUCUCGCCGACAUCCAGCAGGCGUUGGCGUUCCUGCUCAACGUCGAGUGGCUGACGAGAAACGCCAUCGAGGUCGGCACGGGCACCUGCUGGACGCAGGGCUGGUUCGUAUCGACGGGCGACCUGGCCUCGUCCGUCUUCAUCACGGGCAUCGCCAUCCACACCUACAUGUCCAUCGUCUCGAACAAGAAGAUCCCGACCUGGGCCUUCCACACGGCCAUCGUCAUGAUGUGGGCCUUUGUGUACGGCACGGGGAUCCUCGGGGUCAUCGUUACGGAGAACGGGAGAAAAGAGGGCGGUCUCUAUGUCAGAGCCGGUGCUUGGUGCUGGAUCAACUCCAAGUACCAGGACAUCCGCCUGACUCUCCAUUACCUGUGGAUCUUCAUCUCCUUGAUUCUCACAACCAUGAUUUAUCUGGCGGUAUUUUUCCAUUUGCAGAGAGUAGCAAGAAAAAGCGGCGGUGUCGUACCUUGCUGCGGCAACCCCCCCGUACCUGAAAUACGGCCAUCGAGCAGUGGCGGGAGCAGCUCGUCAAGCUGUAGCGGAUCGUCGUUGAGAAACACAACACGGAGUCCUUGCGGCAGCCAGAAGUCCAGGACAUGGCGUCCCAUUUGCGUAUCGACGAUAUUGAGGCACCUCCCCGGCCUACCGGACUACGCCCGCCAACACACGUUUCUACUGUACCCCUUGGUCUACGUUGUGUGCACCACACCUCUGGCGGCCGGCCGCCUCGCAUCCAUGGCCGGCCAUGAAGUCUCGCUGGCCUACUUCUGCUUCGCCGGGGCCAUGAUCGCCUGCAACGGCUGGAUGGACGUCGCCCUCUACUCGUCGACACGGCGCUCCAUCGUCUUCUCUUCUGAAGGGCCGCCCACCCAGGACGUGGGCCUGGAAACCUUCACCUUCAUGUGCAGCACGCCCACGAGGUUUGGCAACACGACGACCGUCGUGGGCGGGGUAGACCCCAAGGGGAAACAGAACACUUGCAACAAGAAGUGGUGCGGCAAGCUCGCGAAGAAGGGCCCCCAGUCGGGCGGCCUCAAGGGGCUCAAGGUCGAGUGCAUCGAGAGCACCGAGAGCACGGACAGCAUGAAAGGGUUCGGCAUGGGGCAGGGGUCGGUCAUGGGCAUGGCGAUCCAGUGCGAGACCACGACGAGCGUCUCGGUCGAGGUCAACACGCUGGCGCCGCCGCCGACGAGACCGCAGCUCGCCGCCGUCGGCAGGAAACUGAGCAACGCGAGCAGCUUCACCGUCGACUCCACCAAGUCGUCGAGUUUUAUCACGGAGUGACGCUUGUUGCCCAUCCAUUUAUUUUGUCUUCUCUUUUUUCUCCCUCUCUGGCUCGUUAGAGUUGCAGACAAAGGAGGGUUUGAGGAGCAUCAAGGAGUUUGGAUUCAUAUCGAUUUUAGAUUUUCUAUAAGAACGGCAGACCCGGCCAUGGCGGCCUGGCCUGACAGCAGCAGCAGCUCAUUACCGAGCUAUACUGUAAGAUAUACCCCCGAUACGAGGAAGCUGCUCGGUUUUGUAGGGAAGCACUGGGUUGUUGUUGUUGUUGUAACACAACGAAUGAUAUACGAAUAAUACAAGACACUCGCCAUGACAGAAUAGAUA